GUCAAGAUCAUGGCGAAUGACACAAGCUGUCCGGACGCUACUGAAGGGAAAUUGACUCCUGUAUUCCUGAUCUAUUUUCUCUGUGUCUUCAUUUUUCUGAUUUUUGCAUCAUUGGUAUUCUAUUGCAUCUCGUUUUACGCAUCUAAUGGAAAUCAAUCGCUUGUGGUUUGGACAAUCAAUCGAAUUUGGAAAUCUUGCCUUUUCACCUUGAUUCGUAUAAUCUUGUCCCUCCUUCUCUAUUGGACUGACAUUAUCACGGAUUUUUGGAGCGGCAUCAAAUACAUCAAUGACGGAGAAACUCGGUGGGGAGUUCUGACCAUGCUAUUCGCAUACAACUCUGCUUUCUUUUCCUUGAUUCUGUACUAUUGUCUGUGGACAAAAUUGAAGAAACUUCUGGUUUUGGAUUUUUUUGUGCAAAGUGCAAAUGGUUUCACCUUAUGGUGAGUUGGUAAAACAGGAAGAGGUGAUUUCUGACAAAGAGAGUACCUGAAAUGAAGGAAGGACAUAAAAAUAUCAAAAAAGCAAGGCGUAACAUCGAACAAGAACUUCUAGAAAUUUCUCCAAGUCCGUGCAUUGAAUAACGAAUUGCGUAAACCAUCCAUUCAAAAAGGCGGAUUUGCAAGGUCAUCUUGAAAAUAUUAACUGCACCGUUAUGGUUGGCAUGGCGGGCAUGUUUACAUACUGAUCACACUCUCAAGUCAUUAUGCGAUGAAGCCAAUCAUUUUGAUAUUGCUGAAGCAAACAGGAUGAACUACUUCUACUUCGAAGCCACAUUUGAAGCCUUUCCUCAACUGCUCCUUCAAUUUAUCAUCGUUUAUCUGCAGUUUUUGAAAAAUGGACUUGGCAGUUUGACUUCAAUUCAGAUGUGUCAGAUUUUAUCCUCUUACGUAUCACUCAUUUGGGUAGGAUCUAAGUUUGAAAUCUUUGCAUUGAAGAAGAGAUUUCACCUAAAGGAGCUGAAUUUUACUUCUGAAAUACUUUGCACAUUCAAGAUGAUCAUCAAAUACUCGUACAUUGUAGGUGUAGUCACUUUAUCGAUGGGAGUUAUUUCCUCACAAGACGAGGACUUUCAACUCUAUCUUCUUCCAUUGGUUCUCAUUACAAUGGUUGGUUUGCUGGGAUUGGAUUUGCAAGAAUCGGUAUUUGCAAUAUUUAAACCAAAAAAGAAAAGUGACUCAAGAAAUGGACAAGAAGAAUGUGCCCAAGAGGAAGGUGCCCAAGAAGAAGGUGCCCAAGAAGAAGGUGCCCAAGAAGAAGGUGCCCAAGAAGAAGGUGCCCAAGAAGAAGGUGCCCAAGAAGAAGGUGCCCAAGAAGAAGGUACCCAAGAAGAAGGUGCCCAAGAAGAAGGGGCCCACGAAGAAGGUGACCAAGAGGAAGGUGAUGAUCCCUGGAUACUAAAGAGGAAAGCUCCUAGAUUCUUGUUGGGGUUCAUUGUACAUACGUUGGCUUUGAUUGCUUUGACCUUGCAUCUAAGAGAAUUCGUUCAAGAAGAAACGAAACGGUCCAGGAUUAUCCAUGCUUUAGUGGUGGAUCCUUUCGAUUUCAAGUGUAACAAAACUGAGGUUUGUAUCUUGUUUUGGUAUUUCAUCCUAUCAACCUCAAUUUACAAGUUGUACCGAGUGGCUUUCCGGUAUUACGUGAAAACGAAUGGACCUAAACUAGGACGUUAUAGAUAUGCCAACUAUUGGAGCGCUGCAGACAGAAUGAAGACUUUUCCUCCAUAUUGGCCUGCUCCAUUGCUUUUUGCGGAAGAAGGGUUGUUCUUUUCGGACCGAUGGUUGGAUAAAGGAUCAAUGGAAUUAAAAUGUUUCAGUUGUGCUAGAAGUGUUUGUCUACCCAAGCAAGAGCAUCAUAGAAAUGGAGGAAAACUGACAAAACCAACGGCGAGAAAAAGGAGUGAUUUCUUUAAACUGAUUCAUGACUUUAAACACGCCGAAUCGUGUACGUAUUCCAUCGAAAAGGAACUAUUUCAAGUGAGCAAUGAAAAGAAAAGUUCAGACAGUGAACAUCGAGCACCUGAAUUGCGGAGAAUUCUCGCAUGUCCAAGUAACGGCGAUGAUCUUCAGCAACUUGAAUUGAAAAGAAUUCUCGCCCGUCUUGGUUUUAUUCAUGAGGAUGAUCAAAUGAAUCAGUCACCAGAAAAUAGGAAAAGGAGUGUCAUGCAAAUAUUGAGUCUCAACGAGACGCCAUAUAUGAAAGAUUUUGAUGGUGAAAAACUUACGGGUCAAUGGAAUGCAAAAUGCGUAUGGUGUCACAGAACAAUAUCAAGUAAGUCGGAACCGCUUUCUUCAGCACAUUUUUGUCCUUGUCAAAAAUGCAUCAAAACUCAACGGAAAGACAUCAUUUACCAAUCCAUGAGAACUGCUCACGACCAGAAUUGCCCAUGGAACAAAUACUCGUACUACGUUUCCAAUGAGUAUCCUGACCUCAUAUGCAAAUUGUUCGGAGCGAAAUGUUUGCAAUGGGAGCGAAGAAUAUCGAUUUGUUUUGGGAUUGUACCGAUACUUCCUUUUAUAAUCCUUUGCAAUUUGUGGGCAAUUCUCAUGUUUGCACCUGUUGUCGUUAUGGCAGAAGCUGCUCUAGCAAACAUCUUAAUAUCACUCGGAAUGAUGAUAACUAUGAUUUUUGGUUGUUUUGAUCUAUUUUCAAGCAAAUUUGGUGGGCUGAAAUCCAAGUGGGACAAACGGCGUCUACCCGCGAUUUGUUUCUUUUUGAUUCUGGCUUUUGGCCUUGUUGUUGGAUUUGGAUCACACUAUAUCUCCAAUAGAGAAACCGAGCUUGAGGUUCAGCCUUGGUCACUCCAUACCAUUUAUGUAUUAUUCUGGCUGAUGUUGAUAUUUGUCGUGUUUAUGGACAACUUGGCAUUCGUCCUUAGAAGUGAUUAUUCUUUUCCAAGUGAUCACCCUGUGCAGGCCUUUAAAAUGAUGAUAGGGCAAAAGACAUUCAUAACAUCCGACCCAGUUGCCACAUUUUGCAAUCAACUCAACUAUAUCAGCCUUUCAUCAGUCUGCACUAUUCCUGUUUUUCUGUUUUCUCGUGUGUAUUGGGUUAUAAUUGCCUGGGUAGUGCCAAUUAUCAUUUUCCUUUUGAUUCUCAUUUGGUAUCAAUGUUGGAACCCUUUAAUAAAUUGGCUCGUAAAAAGAGUAAUUUUGAAAUACCAGCAAGACAGUGGCGAAACAGACCAAAUGCAACCUAGCUCUGAGCAAAACCAAACACCCCUUGGGCCUGAAUAUUGCUGGAAUGCACUUUUUGAGAUUCUAACGCUGAAAUUGAAAGAUGAAGAGAAGGCUAGAAUCACUCUGAAACCCUACAGCAUGUAUUUGACCAUUCCCCCAAAAUAUGCAUCCACCUUUUUGGGUAAUGAAACGCAAAAUCAACCAUGA